UUCUCUCUCUACUUUCUCUCACACACACAAAAACACACACUAAAAUGUCUAUGAGCAUGGCAACAAAAGAUUCAAGCUGGUGGAUUUUCACACUGCCGGCUUUUCUUGGUUCAGAAACCCUACUCGAUCAGUACAUAAUCUUCUCACUCCUCGCCGCCUUCGUUUCUCUCGCUCUUCUCACCUGGGCUUUCACCCCCGGCGGAGCCGCCUGGAAAAACGGCCGUACCAGAGGCGGCGCCGCCGCCAUCCCCGGUCCACGAGGCCUCCCCUUUAUAGGGAGCCUCUUCACUCUCUCCGGCCGCGGCUGCUUGGCUCACCGCUCCCUCGCGGCGAUAGCUUCCUCCAUGAACGCUAAGCAGCUCAUGGCGUUCAGCCUCGGCUCCACGCCGGCGGUGGUCGCCUCCGACCCUCAGAUAGCAAAAGAAAUACUGACAUCCGUCCACUUCGCCGACCGCCCUAUCAAGCAGUCGGCGCGGAGCCUCAUGUUCAGCCGGGCCAUCGGCUUCGCUCCCAACGGCACGUACUGGCGCCUCCUCCGCCGCAUCGCCGCCUCCCACCUCUUCGCCCCCCGCCGCAUUGCCGCCCACGAGCCCGGCCGCCAGAAAGACUGCGCCGCCAUGCUGAGUGGCAUAGCAGACGAACAGUCCCUCAACGGCUCCGUUACUCUUAGAAAACAUUUACAGGCGGCGGCGCUGAACAACAUCAUGGGCGGCGUUUUCGGCCGCCGCUACGAAACGGCGGCGGACGCCGCCUCGCCGGAGAUGAGGGAGCUUGAGGAAAUGGUGAGGGAAGGCUUCGAACUCCUCGGCGCUUUCAACUGGUCGGAUUAUCUGCCGUGGCUUUCGUACUUCUACGACCCUUCCCGCAUUGUCGAACGCUGCGAAACCCUAGUGCCACGUGUCAGAAAAUUCGUGAAGAACAUCAUUAAAGAACACGAAGAGAGAAGUAAUUACGGGAAUGCCACUGAUAUUGCCGCUGAUUUUGUUGACGUUUUGUUGUCUCUUGACGGUGAAGAGAAGCUCAACGAAGAUGAUAUGAUCGCCGUUUUAUGGGAAAUGAUAUUUAGGGGUACGGAUACGACGGCGUUAUUAACGGAGUGGAUUAUGGCGGAGUUGAUACUAAACCCGGAGGUACAAUCGAAGCUGCGGAAGGAACUAGACUCUGCUGUAACGGCGGCGGCGGGGGAUUUGACGGACGCUGACGUGGCGGCGCUGCCGUAUCUGCAGGCGGUGGUGAAAGAGACUUUAAGGGUUCACCCACCAGGGCCGCUUCUGUCGUGGGCCCGGCUGUCCACGUCAGACGUCCACCUCAGCAACGGGAUGGUGGUACCCGCCGCCACCACCGCGAUGGUCAACAUGUGGUCAAUAACCCACGACCCGGCGGUGUGGGCGGAGCCGCUCGUGUUCAAGCCGGAGAGGUUUGUGGCGGCGAUGGGCGGGGCCGAUGUGGACGUGCGCGGCGGGGAUCUGAGGCUGGCGCCGUUUGGGGCGGGGAGGAGGGUUUGCCCCGGGAAGAAUCUUGGGAUGACGACGGUGGCGCUGUGGGUGGCGAAGCUGGUGCGCCGCUUCGAGUGGGCGGCGGAUGAAAAUAAGCCGGUGGAUUUGAGUGAGGUGUUGAAGCUGUCUUGUGAGAUGAAGUUCCCUUUGACCGCAGUUGCCUUGGAAAGGAAUGUUCUAAUUUAAGACCGUGUUUGGUUUGCUUAAUUUUUUUUUUUAUUGUCUUUUCUUUGAAUUUUAAUGUUUUUUGGGCGUUUAUUUCUUUUUAAUUAAAAAUGUUUGGUAGGAUUAAAUAUGAAUGUUUAUUAGUGAGUUUGGUGGGAAGAUUUUGUGGGGAAGGUGUUGUCUAGUGAUAAUUAGCCAAUUAUAUAUAUUUUGCUCCAAUUGUUGUCUUACUAUUUCUUGACAAGAGAGAAAGGGUAGGAUAGUAAUUUGUUGGCUCCCAAUUUUGGUUUGGUUUGGUUUGUUUAAACCUAUGGAGUCUUCAUCUAUAUGUUUUCACAUGUUUUAUUGAAGGUUUAUUUA